AUGACAGUUCACUCAGACACAGUUCAUCCCAACGCAAUUCACCCAAACAUAGUUUACCCCAGCACACUCAGCCUCAUCACAGUUCAUCCCAUUUCAAGUCACCCCAACAUAGUUUACCCCAACACGCUGAGCCCUAUCACAGUUCGCCCCAUUACACAUUAUUCCAACACGCUUCAACCCAACACGGUUAACAUCGACACAGACAACGCUAACACAGUUCACCCCCACACAAGUCACCCCAACAUAGUUUACCCCAACACGCUGAGCCCUAUCACAGUUCGCCCCAUCACACUUCAUUCCAACACGCUUCAACCCAACACUGUUAACAUCAACACAAACAACGCUAACACAGUUCACCCCAUCACAGUUCGCCCCAUUACACAUUAUUCCAACACGCUUCAACCCAACACGGUUAACAUCGACACAGACAACGCUAACACAGUUCACCCCAGCACAGUUCACAUCAACAUAGUUCACUCUAACACGCUUCAUCGCAACACUCUACAACUCAUCGCAGCUCACCCCAAGUGUUGA